AUGAAUGUCAGUGACAACUCGACAGGGAACCAGUCAUCUGUUCCGUUUCCGCCGGAAGCUGAUACUUCCGCGCUCAUUGUCUUCUUGAGUCUGCAGCAAUGUGUGUUCAUCUUGUCUUUUUCCGGGAAUCUCGUCGUCAUCAUCGUCGUACUCAAGUACUUGAAACUGAACACAUUCAGUAACCAGAUGGUCGUAAGCCUAGCGGUUACAGACCUGUGUACGGGGUUUGCCAGCGGAAGUCAACUUCUCUACGUUCUAUUUCCGGUCAUGGACCAAAAUAAAGUAUCUUGUUUCUUGAGGUACCGCAUUGUUGUGACCAUGACUCUUGCCUCUCAGCUAUCUUUGGUCUUUUCUACUCUGGAUCGCCUGACAGCAUGGGCGUUUUUAAAUCGAGUAAGGCCGGCAUUCGAAACUUCUCGGAUCCGUCAGAAGAGGAUUAAGAUGAAGAGUGAUGUCAGUUCCGCCAAAGUCUGGGGUUUGGUGACGUUGUUUAACUCUGUCUGCUGGACUCCUUUUACAGCUUUCAACAUAGGGAUCGGGAUCGGAGUUUCGUACACUACGUCCGAGUUGAUUGUUAUGAACUGGCUUGCUUUUCUUGGCAUGUUCAACAGCAUAAUGAAUCCGUUUAUAUUUGCCUGGCAUCGCCAAGAUUUCAACAAGUCCUUGAAAAAGCUCUUCAGGGUUAAAGAACAACGGGUGGAUCCUGUAGUUGGAGUUAACGUGGCCACUCUUAAAGUUUCUAACACCACAACCACAAGAAAAAUGCACCGGGCGUCUACUUCACAUACAACCCAUUCGUAA